UUAUAAUAUAAAAAUGAAACAAGAGCCAUCCCAGAAUUAUCAUCAGGUUGGCUUCAAAGAUCAGAAGGAAAAUUGGAAGGAGAUCCCUGCUAAAGAACCGAGCCCUCAGAAAGAUACCUCAGUACCAGUGGAUAUCAUCCAGCCUGAAAGCGAAGAGAACAAUGUUGUAUUAAAAGAGAACAAGGCAAACUCAGAAGAAGCCAAAGGCUUUCCUUUAACAAAGGUGGAACCUGGCUCGAUAUUAUUUUAUAUUAAGAUCGCAGCUUUACUCUUCGUCUUAAUAUCAGUUGCAAGCCUCUUAUACAGUUUGGAACUUCAGAGCAUAAAUUUCAGGAAGGAAACAGUAAAACAUUUUUUAAAAUCAGCACAGAUGGUUGACCAAGAAGCUUAUAAUCAUGAAAUCAUGGAUUCUGCCUUAGAGAGACUCAGCCAAAUGAUCAGGCAUGAAUCUUCGGAUAAAGAGACUAUUGAACUGAUCGACAGAUUUGUUGAAACUUUGGUAUACUCAGACCAGUUCCUUAGGAAGUUCUCAAGCCAAGUGACUGAAAGAGCUCAGGUAUACCAGGAAGUUAUUAACAAUUUGGAAGGAAAACAUCAAGGAAUUCUAAAAAAGAUUACAGAUAUUGGAAAUAAGGGUGUUUCAAAAGUAAAGAAAGUUGCCAAGACUUUAUUCGAUAAACUGAGGAGCUAGAUAUAUAAGCAAUUAAUUUUUCUUUUC